AUGGACUUAGUGACCGUCAAGCUAAUCCUGGUGCUCUCCGAGCGAUGGAACGUUCCCGCACGUCAUGGGGAUGUUCCGAACGCCUACGUUAAGGCAGAAAAGGAGGAGCAACUGGAUAUCUUCAUGAAGGUUCCAAAAGGCAUGCAAAUCACUAAGGAGGAACUUCAAGGUUUCGGUGUGGAAUCUCCUGGUGAGGUCGCGCUGCUGUUAAAGAAAUCAUUGUGCGGAUUAAAGCAAGCGGGACGACUCUGGAGCAAGCUCUUACACUCCAAGCUGACCGAGAAUGGCUACAGGCAGUGCACGACGGACAUGUGUCCAUACUACAAGCACCAAGGUCAAAAAUGGAGCUUCGUCGGAGUAUACGUGGACGAUCUUCUGGUCACGGGAACCAAGCAGUGCGCGGUUGACAAGUCUUUUGCGGGCAUGGAGACACUGUCGAUCAAGGAUCUCGGCGUCGUUCAGAAGUUUCUGGGACUCAGGAUCGCUUUGGAUGACACUCAAGAAUACAUUCUGGACCAAGAGAUUAUGAUCGACGUGUUGCUCAGGGAUUUCUAG